CUUCAUCAUCAUCAUCAUCAUCAUCAUCAUCUUCGCGCAAUCAGGCAAUCUUCUCCAGCCGAAGAUGGCCAGCAUUUGCUAGAUUUUAGGGCUACGACCACCGCAGGAUCAACCUAUUUACAUACUCUCUCUCUCUCUCUCCUCUUUCUCUCUCACACAAACACGCGCGUAGAGAGAGAAAUUUUCGAUAUGGCUUCCUCAAUCUCAGCUGGACUCUCUCUGAAGCUGGGUCCACAAAGACGGCUCGCCGGCAAGGUACUGCAUUCUUCUUCCUCGCAUUCUCCAUUCCACAACCCCUCCCUCGUCUCGUCGUACCCGUUCUCCGCCACCGGAGCGAUCCAUUUCCGCGGCCAGCGGGCGGCGCGUGAUGCUCCACCACCCACGGCGAUUUCCAAUUCCGGCAACGACGUCGCGGUGGCGUCCAAGGCGGUAGGGCUGGAGAAGGAUCCGCGUGAGCUGUGGAAAAGGUACGUGGACUGGCUUUACCAGCACAAGGAGCUGGGCCUGUACUUGGACGUCAGUCGGGUCGGGUUCACGGACGAGUUCCUUCAGGAAAUGGAGCCCCGACUCCAGAAGGCCUUCAAGGAUAUGGAGGAGCUCGAGAAGGGGGCGAUUGCUAACCCGGAUGAGAGCAGAAUGGUGGGGCACUAUUGGUUGAGAAACCCCAAACUAGCUCCCAAAGCUGUGUUGACUCAGCAGAUUGAGACUACAUUGGACAAAAUCUCCGAAUUCGCUGCUCAUGUCAUCAGCGGUAAGAUUAGGCCUCCUCUGAAAGAUCGUUUUACGCAAAUCCUCUCUAUUGGAAUUGGUGGUUCAGCUCUCGGGCCGCAGUUUGUUGCAGAGGCGUUGGCUCCUGACAAUCCUCCUCUUAAGAUCAGAUUUAUCGACAAUACCGAUCCUGCCGGGAUUGAUCAUCAAAUAGCACAACUCGGCAAUGAGCUUGCGUCAACACUUGUAAUAGUGGUUUCUAAGAGUGGAGGUACUCCCGAAACACGAAAUGGUUUACUGGAAGUUCAAAAGGCUUUCCGUGAAGCUGGCCUGGAAUUUUCAAAACAGGGUGUUGCUAUUACACAAGAUAAUUCGUUACUUGAUAAUACAGCACGGAUUGAGGGCUGGAUAGCUAGAUUUCCUAUGUUUGACUGGGUGGGUGGUAGAACAUCCGAAAUGUCUGCAGUUGGUUUACUAGCAGCUGCACUUCAGGGAAUCAAUAUUAAAGAAAUGCUUGCUGGGGCAGCAAUGAUGGAUGAAGCCAACAGGACCAAAAUAGUCAAGAAUAAUCCAGCAGCUUUGCUAGCUUUAUGUUGGUAUUGGGCGACCGGUGGAGUAGGAUCCAAGGAUAUGGUUGUCCUUCCUUACAAGGACAGCCUUUUGUUGUUUAGUCGGUACUUACAGCAGCUAGUCAUGGAAUCUCUUGGAAAAGAGUUUGACCUAGAUGGUAACAGGGUAAAUCAAGGAUUAACUGUAUAUGGAAACAAAGGGAGCACUGACCAACAUGCCUACAUUCAACAGCUAAGAGAUGGAGUCCACAACUUUUUCGCGACAUUCAUUGAAGUACUACGAGAUAGGCCACCCGGUCAUGAUUGGGAGCUUGAGCCAGGUGUCACCUCCGGUGACUAUCUGUUUGGAUUUUUACAGGGAACAAGAUCUGCUUUAUACGCCAAUGACCGCGAGUCCAUUACAGUCACAGUGGAAGAGGUAACACCAAAAUCUGUUGGGGCUCUAGUUGCACUUUACGAGCGAGCAGUUGGGAUAUACGCCUCUUUGGUUAAUAUCAAUGCCUAUCACCAACCUGGAGUUGAAGCUGGCAAAAAAGCAGCAAUAGAAGUUUUAGCUCUUCAAAAACGUGUUCUUGCAGUGCUGAACGAGGCGAGCUGUAAAGAUCCAGUUGAGCCAUUAACACUUGAAGAAAUAGCCGAUCGUUGCCAUUCCCCCAAUGAUAUUGAAAUGAUCUAUAAGAUUAUUGCUCACAUGGCUGCAAAUGAUAGAGCUCUAAUCGCUGAAGGCAGUUGUGGGUCCCCACGAAGUGUUAAGGUUUACUUAGGGGAGUGCAAUGUCGGUGAGAUGUAUGAUUGAAGACAUCAUCCGUUUUCCAUCAAGUUGUUUUUCAACAUUUUUGGUACGAGGUUUCUUUUAGACCACAAAAAGACAGAAGGUGAAUUUUGUGGCUUUUAGUGACAAUAAAUGGAUGGUUUAUUUUAUCAAGAAAAAAGAAAAUUGAAAAUAAGAGUUUUCUUCAAACCUGCACCUGUGUGUUGUAUUUGAGAACCAAAAUUUUAGGAACAAUAUUUUACAUUCCAUUUUGUUUU